CGUAAACGUACGUUAUUAUAUUACAUUGGACGAUCCGAUUUCUUAGUCAUCGUCACAAGCUGUACACGUGUAUGAUCAUGAACGUUAAAGAAUAUGUUCGCGCCAACGAUCAUUAUUAUGAUGAUGAAGAUGACGAUGAUAAUGCUGAUGUUGAUGAUGAUGGUGGUGAUGACGGCAGCGAAGACAAUAACAACGACGACGACGACGUUUAUGGUCUCGUAACUGAAUUGGGCAAACACAUAUUACAAACGUAUCGAUCUUCUCGUCAAAGUAUUCAAUUUACUUAUGAUCAUGAUAACAGAAUAAUUAAGCGUCUUCGAACUAAGGCUUUCGAAAUACUCUUAAAAAAAGGUGAUAAAUCAAUUCCUGCCACAGAUUAUACAAAAUUUCGAGAGAUAGAUCCACUUCUGGAAAUACAAAAGCACGCCUUUGUGUUGAAAGUAGGAUUAAGGCGUUUGUACGAUGCUACCAUUUUAGAAUCUCUGUUACAAAAGCUCGAAGAAUCUUCAUGUGCUGAAAUACCAGUUUUGUCCGUUUUACAGUUACUAGUACAACUGAAAAGUUUCAGUGUCAAUUCAGAGCCGAUAACGAAUAUAUUUUAUUAUGGUAAAAUAAAUCCUGCUAUUCCGGAAAUUACGCAUAACGCUAAUCGCAUACCACCAUUUCAAAUAUACCCCAUAGAAUGUUUCAUAUCGUCGGAUAAAUUUGAAGCCACAUUGGAAACUCAAAGGUUUCAGAUUACUAGUGCUACUCCUACAAACAUUAUAAACGAAUUCAAUUUCUUACACCAUUCGAUUAAGUCCAAAGCCAUAAUUGGAAUAGAAUCUAUAGACAUGGCCAUUCCAUGUGAUUUCAUGUCCAAUCAUGCAUUUGAUAAUACAUCUUCGCAUACAUUGUUUUGUACAAAUCAACGUUUCACGACAAAUUCGGAGUUUAAUCUGUGUAUUUUGGAAAACAGUACAGCUGGAAGCAGGUCUGAAUAUAUAUACAAUAUCCCUUCGGAAAGAGGAGUCGUAACAGAUUGUUUGUACCUUCCUUUAACGCAAACAAAUACCGGAGAAAGCGAAAGCGUGAUAGGUUCGUGGAAAUAUUUCGAUCCGAGUAUCAUCGAUGAAUCAAAUAAUGCUAUGGAUAUUUGGAACUGUGUUGCUGCAUGGAAUCAAAUCGAUAAUACCAAUACUCCAUCCACUCUGGAUUAUCAAACGUGGGAAUCUUUUGGAGAAAUAGAACCUACGAAAGAAUCGAUGUUUAUAACAGACACAUCGAUCGCAGCAAUACAUCUGGAAAAAAUUAAACAAAUGAAUAAUCUGCCCUUGCUCUCGGAAAAGAUAAUGAAUACUGUGCUUCUCUUGGAAGAAGUUCCUGUCAAAGAAUUUAUAAACGACGUGAAAUCAAUGUUACUCGGGGUAGAAUCGGAUUCCUUCGAAUAUAGAAAUGUGACCGGAUUCACCUUACGGAAAAACAUCAGUGUAUAUGGUGUAUGCUCAGAAUCAUUAGAGAAUAUUUGCCAAGAAGCUAUUCAUUGGGGUAAUUGCUUUAGAUUUCUAUCGCAUCUUGUUAUACUAAAGCCACGAAGCAGCAAAUUAUCGCAAGAAGGGUUGAUAUUCAAGGCUAUGUGUACCAACAUCAAAGAAUUGUUACUUUAUUAUCAAGCAGUUCUUCUAAGAAUUUUUACUCGUGAAAAUCAAUCAGAGAGAUUGCUGAGAAUAUUUCAAGAAGUACGUUCUGUGGCUAUAUUAAUCACUAAAGUUGCCAAAGUCUGUCAGCCUUACAAAGAAAAUCAGUAUAUGCAUCGUGAAGGAAGUAGCAUUCUCGCUAGAAUUUACAACGAAGCGAUCAAAGUAACAGAUCCUAAAGUCGCCUUAGUAUUCUAUUCUCUAUUAAAAUCUUGCUGUGAAGUUUAUUUUCGAUUUCUGCAAAAAUGGAUAUUCGAGGGAAUAAGCGAUGAUAUAUAUGGGGAAUUUAUUAUUAAAACACGGCCACAGUAUUUACGUACUAGAAGUCACAAAUUUUGGACGAAAAGUUUCAGCAUUUACAGUGAUGCAGUACCAGGUUUCUUAAGCGAUCUAGCUGAAUCGAUACUUCAGUGUGGGAAAACAGUAAGACUUCUGAGAACUUGCGACUCCAAAAAUCCAGUCUGCAAUGUCUGUGUAACCGAGCAGCCGGAAAUAAAAGUUUGCCUAAGCGUAAUCGCGUUACACGAGCAAUCAUCAAGAUGUCGAGAAUAUGAAAAAAAGGGAACAUCUGCCCUUGGCUCGGUACUUUCUCUCUCCACGGCUAUCUUAAAUCAAAAGCGAUUAAAGAAAGAGAUGUCGGAAGUGGUUGUUCGCACCGAACGUGACACUACUACAACGACGACUACUACUAUUACCACCACCACCACCACCACCACCAACACCAACACCAACACCAACACACUGUUGAAAAUACGUGAAGAACAACAGGGGGAUGCGUUCAAAAUAAUAGCACAAACGAAACGAAAUAUUUUAGAAAGUCCACAAGAACAAAUUCCGAUAUGUAACUUACAGCAAAAGCAGAAGAAAGAAACUGAAUUGUCGAACGACAUAAAAAAGGAAUCGCGAUAUGCGGAACGGACAAAUAUUUGGAAUUAUUACGAAAAUCUAGCCAACAACAUUAAUAAACGAUGCAUUCGUUCGGAAUGGCGCGUUAAAAGAAUGAAAUUGUACGAUAAGAGAAUCGUUACGUUGAAUGCAACAAACCAAAGUUCGAAGGAUCAGUUACAAACAACCGAAGAAGCUAAUUCCGUUAUGAUAACAGCAGAUUCUUUAGUUGAGACUCCGGUUUCAUUCGAGGAUGAAAAUAAGAAUUAUGCGGAAACAAGCAACAACAAUGAAAAACAACAUCUUCACAAUUUUGGAGAACUAUCAGAAACAAUAAACGGGAAAACAUUCACAUCGGAGUUUUCGCCAAACAAGGAGUUGACGGUGAAGGAUGAGAUUUUCAAAGAUCUGACGGUACAUCGUACAGAUCGUUCAACGACAAUCGAAAGACCCAGUUUUUUGAAUGUUAUUAAAAUUGAUAAUACCACGACAGAAUCUCAAAUUGGUGGUGUGUGUAUGCGAUCGUUAGGUUAUAACAUGACACCGAACAACAACGAACUCGAGGUACAACAAAUCGAAUUUACCCCUAUUACGAAUGAAAUAGCUGCGAAGGCGGUUCGUUACACCGAAAGUACAGUAAGCUUGAAUCAAGGCAAUGACGAUUUAGAAACACCGAUGUCAUGUACCACGGAUAACUUUACUACCUCAUCGGUACAGAGUCCAGUUUCGCAAACGUAUCAUUUAGAAGACUCGUCUUCCAUGGGAACAACCUCGACUGUCAUUGUACCAAGUUACUCUCCAACGAUUACAAAGUCAUCCGUUGUCAUAAAAGAAGAUUCAACAUUUUCAGAUUUAUUCGAAUUAGCUCGCGAUGAUACAAGCAGUAGCAUGCCACCAACGGGAAUAGCAACACCAUUGAGUAUCACCGAUGUCGAGAUAAUAGAUCACAUCUCCCUUCAAGCCUAUUUAGAAAAGUCAAUUCGUAUUCCUCUCGAUGUGCAGAGCCGUCUCGUUAACAACGCUGUUAUCAAAUAUUUUUUAAAGGAAAACAACUUACUUUCGCAUUUGCACAGCUUACGUAGCUAUUUCUUCCUAUUAAACGGAGAAUUUGCAAAGAGCUUGACAGAUUCUCUUUACGCUCGUUUAUACGAAAUCUCUAUACCCAUUGAGUUGUUUAAUUCUGCUACAUUAACCAAUCUUCUCGAACGAGCACUCGUCCAUUCGUUCAGCAACGUUUAUGUUAAUUCGGAGCUUCUCAGUCUUUCAGCAACAGACAUACCGUCUCAAUUACACAUAUCGGACCCAGCGGCACUCGACUGUCUUUCCCUUAAUUAUAAAAUAAGCUGGCCACUUAAUAUUAUACUUGACGAAACGGUUAUGCAGCAGUACGGCAAAGUAUUUAAAUUUUUAAUAACGAGCGGUCGAGUUUCAUGGGUGUUGCAAGAAGACUUUAACAUUAUGAAAAGAGAACGAAAAGCAAUGAUAUCGGAACAGUAUCACAAGCUGCAAUUAUAUAGGCAUUCGAUGACACAAUUUAUGAAUGCGUUGCACAAUUAUUUAACGUGUAGCGUUUUGCACGCAAGUUGGGCCGAAUUUGAGAAAGAUUUAGAAAAUUCUUCAACCGUGGAUCAAAUUUAUUCGUCGCAUGUAAAUUAUGUAAAGCGAAUACUUUCAAGAUGCAUGCUCAAUAGUCGCGGUGAAAAAGUACGCGUAUGUUUAAACAAUAUAUUUAAAGUCAUUUUAAAAUUUCACAGCAGGAUAAGGUCUCAAAACUGGGUAAAGAAAUCUACGAGAUACAUACAUCCAAAUUUCAAAAAACUGGAACAGAUGUAUCGAGCAUUCUGCGAGUUACGUGCAUACAUGGCACAUGUCGCGUUUAAAUUAGCUACGAGCGGAUACCAACCGCAUUUAACGCAUUUCUUAAAUGCUCUUAAUAUAAAUCAAACGUACGACGUAACCGUCAAAACUUGUCGAGGUUCUACGGAUCCUCCAGAGCUUUGACAAGUGAUCUUUUCCUCUUUC